UUAGGUCUGCGCAUGUGCGGAACAGUUGAAAGGGAAGGAGUAAUGCUUACUUCGGUUUUUUUACAGUAUAAGGAAAUAUACUUUCCGUCUAAAAAGCGACUGUGAAAGAUAGGAGUGUAUGCGUGACAUACUUGUCACGCAGCUACUAACAGAUAAGUAAAUCAAGCUACAUCAGAGGCUGUAAAAAUCAGAUCGAGGCGGGUUGUGAAGACAAGAAGCUGGCCUCUCUCCAGUGAUGUCUUCUUUGUGGCCCGUGUUGGUCUCUAAUCAUACAUCUCCUUUGAGCUGCUUCAGCUCCAACCAGAGCACUGUUCUCACAGGACUCGAGUUUGGAGGAGUGCCAGUCGUCCUGCUGCUUGACUUCUGCGUUUUCAUUGUUUUGCUGUUGGUCUUCUCAAUUAUCAGAAAGAAGUUCUGGGAUUAUGGUCGUUUAGCUCUGGUGGCGGACAUUGAAGGGUUUAAUGAUUCAAGACAUCGUCGUUAUGGACGUGUGCCAUCCACUACGUCCAACGUGGAGGACCCCGAGUAUGAGUUGGGAUUCUGCUCUUGGCUGCCAUACAUCCUCAGAAUGGAUGAGGAAAAAAUAAAAGAGAAAUGUGGCAUGGAUGCUGUUCACUACCUGUCCUUCCAGCGACAUUUGAUAAUCCUCCUGGUGGUCAUCACUGUCACCUCCCUGGCAGUCAUUCUGCCAGUAAAUAUGUCUGGAAGCCUUUUCAGAAAUGAUCCUCAGAGUUUUGGAAGGACGACUAUUGCGAAUCUUUCCGUUCAAAACAACUUGCUAUGGCUCCACACUGUGUUUGCUGUUGUCUACCUGUGCCUGACGGUUGUGUUACUGCGACUACACACGUCCCAAAUGAGAGGCAUGCGCAGAGAAAGAGCCAGAAACACCUUGUUUGUUUGUUCGCUACCUAAAAGAGCAACAGAGGAACAAGUAAAAACUCACUUCACGGAGGCAUAUCCUACUUGCCAAGUGUGUGCAGUGACAUUGGGCUACAAUGUGACCAAACUCAUGUACCUUGAUAAGGAACGGGUGCGAGCUGGGAAAAACCUGCACUAUUACGAACGUGUCCUAGACAAAUCUGGGGUGCGUAAGCUGAUCACCCCUCGUUUAUGUGGCCACCUGUGCUGCUGCUCCAGCUGUGAAAAGGUUGAUGCCGUAGAAUAUUACAAGUUUAAAGAAAAGCUGCUGCUGGAAGAAAUGAGACAGCAUGCAGAAGUAGUGCCACUGGAACCUCUGGGCAUCGCCUUUGUCACAUUGCAGAACGAGGCUAUGGCAAAGUACAUUCUAAAAGACUUCAAUGCAGUUGAGUGUGGAGGUCCAGCGUGCUGCUGUGGGAGGGAGCCUCAGCCUUCGUCUGUCAGCAGAGAUCUGCAUGUGAACCAAUGGCGGGUCAGCUUUGCUCCACAUCCCAAAAGCGUGUACUGGGAGAACCUUUCAGUGCGUGGUUUCUGCUGGAUCAUCCGCUGGGUGGGAAUAAACCUCCUUCUGUUCUUCCUGCUCACCUUCCUGACGACUCCCACCAUCAUCAUUAACGUCAUAGACAAGUUCAACGUCACUAGGCCAAUCCACUCUCUUAAUAGUCCCAUCAUUAGCCAGUUCUUCCCAACUCUUCUGCUUUGGUCUUUUUCUGCAUUGCUGCCUACUAUAGUGUACUACUCUACUCUGGGAGAGGCACACUGGAGCAGGUCCAGUGAGCAGCUGAGCAUGAUGCGCAAGUUGUACUCCUUCUUGCUCUUUAUGGUACUUAUCCUUCCCUCGCUAGGAUUCACAAGCCUUGCCUGGUUUUUCCGCUGGCUGUUUGAUAAAACAUUUCUAAAUGACGGGAAAACAAGAUUUGAGUGUGUGUUUUUACCGGAUCAAGGGGCAUUUUUCGUGAACUAUGUGAUCGCGGCCGCCCUAGUGGGCUCUGGGAUGGAGUUAUUGCGGUUGCCAGGGUUACUGCUUUACGCCAUACGUUUGGUGCUUGCUCGCUCUGCUGCAGAAAGAAAAUAUGUCCAACAGCACCAAGCGUAUGAGUUUGAAUAUGGAGCCAUGUACGGCUGGACUCUGUGUGUGUUCAGUGUCAUUAUGGCUUACAGCAUCAUUUGCCCCAUCAUUGUGCCAUUUGGUCUCCUGUAUAUGUUGCUCAAGCACCUGGUGGACCGACACAACUUGUUCUUUGCAUACCUACCUACUCGCCUUGACCGCAAAGUCCACCUUGGAGCUGUUGAUCAGGCUUUAGCAGCACCGAUCAUCUGCCUAAUAUGGCUUUACUUCUUCUCUGUCCUGAGAGCAGGUUUCAAGACUGCUACAUCUCUGUUCACCUUAGUUGUCCUGUGUUUCACCGUUUUCAUCUGCUUGGGUUUUGCCUGCUUUGGAUACUUUAAAUACCUUAGUCCACAUAACUAUGCGGUCAAAGAGGAGGACGAGGAUAAAGUAGAUGGAGUCGACGAACAUACUAAGGUUUACCUUCCCCGAGUGCUAGAUACCCAAUCACCAGCCAGUACCACAAAGGAACCUAAACAUCAACAGUCUUAUGGCUCCUUAGAAGACAGCCCACCUGACAUCUUCAGCCCAGUGGAGAGCACCACGAAAGAUGCAUAACUUCAUGGGUUCUUCGGAGUCACACCUUGGAAACAAAGAUGGCUGUAGUUCCCCAAAGUCAUUCUACAGACUGUCCCCAAGAGUCCCAUGAGGAGUUGCAUUGUACCACCCAGAAUCCCACAUCCUUACCGUCUGCUUUCAUAAAUCGUAUGUAUAGUGUUAGUUUUGAAGUGCUUGUUUAUAAGGAAGAUAAAGUUCUUAUAAAUAUUCGUUGAUAUUUCACUUAUCAUUUUGCGACCGAUCAGCAUAGGUAGAAGUCAUCCUGUUUGAGAAAGUACCAAGUAAUAAUAUUUUUGACAGAAACGGCCAUUCAGAACAAGCCAAAAAGCACAAAAAAAAAAACUGUGCUUGCUACUUGCACAUUUUCAAGCUACUACAUACUACCAAAGAGCUGGAUGAGCACAGGUAAAUAUUUUCACCCUUCCAGGGAAGGAUUUUAUAUUGCACCUUUUAUAUCUUUUAUAUUUACUAAAAUGUUAAUGUUUUUGCUUGAUUAAUGAGACAAUGAAGUGAAGACUUUUAAAUUUACAACUCUGGCAUUGGGUUUUUACCUGCAAGUUAACUUUUUGUUGAGGCCAUGCGUCACUGUAAAAAAACAUACUUUACAUUUGAAAGAAUGACUGAAUGAGAGCAAUUUGUUGUUCCAUUGAAUGGGAUAUGUUUUUUUAAAUGUGUUUUUUGAAGGAGCUCUUCAGAUGUGCGUUUGCAAAUGGUGAAGGACUUCAGUGUUAACAUUUAAUGUCAUUUUAAACUUAAAGGAAUAACUUGAUGUGUAUGUGCUUGUCUUCACACUCGGGGGCGCUGUUGAGCUGCAGUAAAAAUGUGUAUCCUCUGAAAGAUUUGUAAAGCUUUAACAAAAAGGUUAAUCCCACAAUGUUGCAUUGAGCUUUUCUAACAUAUUCUGACACUGGUAUGAGCCAGUUUACUGAGUGAAUACACUGCCAGCUCCACCUCCUCACCUGAUCCUUAACAAUUGUUUCCUUUUCUGUCCCAUUUCCUUCUUCCUUCCCUCUAUUUCUUCUGGCCUUUCCCAUUUCUUACCACAGUACCUGCCUCUGCAGGGAAACACCAGCAUUGUUAAAUAAAAGGCUGUCUAGGAGGGGACCACAGUGAUUAGCACCGUUGUUUGAAACGGGUAAUGAAGUGCUACAGUUUCACGCUGAGGUUGGUCGCCGUGGUGAAAGGAACGGCUUGGAUGAGGCUCGCUGUAAUCUAUUGGAGCCUUGCAGUAGCUCUAGGAGAACAAACACCAGUUCACAAGCAGUAAGAGUUGAAGAGGUCUUUAGUUGCUUAAAAAAAACCCGACUUUGCUUGUUUCACUCACUUUGCAAUGUUAAUGUCCUCACAUUCCUUUACAGCCCUUUCAGGCUACAGAAAGGUAACACACAAUUCUGGUGAUUAAACUGAGCCUUACUCCUUAUCCAACCACACUUAAACUGUGGUUGGAUGAAGUUUAAAAGAUUACAUUUUUAUCAUCAAUUUUGUAAAAUCUGAAAGCACACAUUGCACUCUUAUACCCGUGACGUAAACUUUCACUUGUUUACUCUGUCAGGUGCAGUGAUGGUAUUUAAAAUGGGCAAUUACGGUUCACUGGCCAGAGUGUCAUUUAAUCUAAGGGCAACGCAAGAACUCCACAGUAAAAGGAUGUCAACUGUGCGCUGUGCAGUCUGUUGUUACUACUUAUGGAUUUUAAUUCUGGGCGAAAUUAAAGGGUUAUUUUACUCUUUUUUUUUUACACUAUCAAAUUUUGUUCAAAAUCUAAAAUACUUAAACUGGUAAAUCCUUAAAAGAAUUAUUCUGCAUGGAAAAGAGAUCCCUUAAAAGACAGAAACAGUUUGUGAAUUCACAAAGAUAAUUAAUGCUUUUUAUCUGUUUUUACAUCAAGACCACCUUGAAUUUAGAUCACUAUGAAAAACCACAAGAUAUAUAGACAACUUAAACCUGAAAUUAAUGAUUUUAUACUGAUUAUAUAUUUAAAAGAAACACUUUUGUGUUGCUUUUUACUUUAUUUGUAAAAAAAUAAAUAAACUAGAUAUUAGGUGAAUCCUGAUCAGGUUGAGGUGACCCAGGAUGCCAUUCAUGCAAGCCUCUGCUCAGGCAUGAAGUUGACAUUUGUAUACGUUUAAGCAAUAAGGACCGUUUUUACUGUUAUGUGUUCUCUAUUAAAGUACUAAAUGUGAUUAUGCAACUCCA